AUUCGGAUUAGGGUAACAGAGUCUAAUCGUGUGCCAUUCCAUUUCCCACUUUCUCUAGUUACUACGUUCUUUGAGCUCUCUUGGUGGCAAUAUCAUAGAGGCACAUCCUUAUAAUCGUGCUCAUAUUAUUCUCCAAAGUGAGAUAUUCUUAACUGGUGUGAAAUAUUUGCUCUCAAGUAAUCGGCUCAUAAAUUUCUCUCCCUCCAUUGUUUGUUUUAUAGUUAUGGCUCCUUUGAGAAGAAUGGCUAGAAUUCCAAACCCGACUCAAGCUCUUAAUCGAAACAGAGAUUUCAUAUUUGAUGAUCUCAAGACUAGUUUGAGUGAAGAACAGACCAAGGUGUCUAUCAUGUUGAUGCUUGUGUUGCUGUCACUACUUGCUAUGAUGGUAGUAACUGUAAGACGAGGAGCCAGCAAUGGUGGCAGGGGUGGUAGCAGGGGAAGAGGGACAGGUAGAGGGACCCCUGGCGGAGGAAGUAGGGGUGGAAGAAGUGGAGGGUCUACAAGUGAUAGAAAUACAGGAGGCAGAGAAAGAGUUGGCCAGGGCAGAGGCAGGGGAAAUGGUAGUGGGGACAACAACAAUAGUCCUUUGACAUAUUUUUUUGAGAGAGCAGAUAGAUCAAUAUCUUGCGGUGACUUCCAUAAGAUGCCUAAGGACAAAGAACCAAAGCUAGGAAUUGUGGUGUUUACCGACAAAUACAUAAAUAGCAAUACUCAAAAAAAGACGUUGAAGGCAAUUGUAAGAGCUCUUUGGCCUGUUGGGCCUGUUCAUAGUGCUGGAAAACCUCGUUCUGCAUUUUUUGAUGAUACAUUUUAUUCAAAAGUGCUCGAUAGGUUUGAGAAAUAUUAUGAUUAUGAGCAGGGAGUUACUCCAAGUGAGGCACGCUAUAAGUUAAAGGAGCAUUUAAAAAUCAAUUUGAAGAAUAUGUUAUACCGUGAGAGGGUGAAUGCUGAUAAAAGGGUUAGUCAAGCACGACCUGGAACAACAAGGCGAGAUGUUAAGCCUCUCCACAUAAAUAGAGAUUUAUGGGACUCCCUCUGUGAUUGGUGGAAUUCUGAAAAGUUCAAGUCCAUGUCUGCGCAGAAUAAAGAGAAUCGAACACAUGGUGAUAAGAUUGUGCACACCACUGGAGCAAAACCAUACAUCAUUUUCAGAAAGGAGCUUGAGGAUCAGAAAAAACGUCAGUUGACCCUUGUAGAGUUUUACGAGGCUACACAUGAAAAAAAAGGAGAUGGUGAGGGUACAUUUUGGACAAAAGAGGCAGAAGAUAUGAGAACAGAGUUUAAUUGCUGAGAACGAAGAAGGAAACAACAGUGAGGGACACACUUGUCCCCCUUUAUCCCCGAGUAAACGCAGACGAGUGGAGGCAGAGGUGGUUUGUAGAGCCACGAAAGGGCCAAAAAAAAUCGAGUUUUCAUGGAGGGUCGUUCAACAUUUUCUGAAAUUUUUGGUCCCGAUGCACAAACCUUGAGCCAACAUUUAAAACCUCGUAAAGAGUCUGCACGCCUUCCAGAUGAGUUACUGCAACAUGCCAUUGGUGAUGCUGCCUGAAUUGUUCAUGCUUUAGAUGCUAGAUAUAAGGAUAAUGAUAUUUCCGUACCUCGUUCAGAGCUUGAUCAGGAGAUUCAGCAACUUGUAGUUAUUACACUUUCUAAAGAGGAUGUGCAUUGGACUAAAUACAUCCAUGUGGCCUCUAGCGUGGUUGACAAGAUGCUUGACAAGUUUGGAAAGACUAUUAACGAGGACACUACCAGAGGAGAACUUCACCUCUCUGAUGAUGAUAUAUUUACUUAGUAUGGAUUGUAGUUGCCAGCUCAUUGAGUUCCUUUUUAGUAUUAGAGUAGAGAUUGUAGUAAGGAAUAUGGCAGGUUUGUUUGUAAGCAACUUAUUUAUUUGCUGGCUUAUGACAGGGACUUCUAGUAGUGACUUCUUAGGUUAUUCAACUUAAUGAUUGAAAUUAUUGAUUUCUGUCUUUAGUUAAUUUUAGUUUAUAUUAAUUUAUUUCA